GAAAAUUUUUCAAUAAAAUAUUAUUCGUAUACAAAAAUAAUUAAUUGUUCAUUUGAAAGAUAAAUUGUGUAAAUUUUUUCAAUGGUACAUAAUGACUCGAUAUUGCUUUGUUUACAUUGUGUGUGCCGAUAAUUUAACAGCAAGAUUUGUGUAAAUAUUAUGGAAUGAGUUUUCAAUUAGUUUGAUAUUAUUACGGAAACAUUAUUCGCCAAGGAACUUUUACCAAAGUAAGAUGGAAUCGAGUAGUUUCUUCAACUGUCCUGUUAGAGUAAAAGACGAACCUCGUGAUGAGCUUCUCAAUGAUAAUGAUUAUAAAAUAAUUGACACGACACCCGUCACUCAAAAUAUUAAAUACGAAAGGUUUUGGCAAGAAAAUUCAACCCAAGAGCUUCAAGAACAUGACGAAAAUCAUGAAAAUGAACUUGACGACCUGGAAAUCGAAAUGGAAUGUACAGACAUGAAGCCAAAUUUAUUGGCGGUUGCGAAAAUUGAAGAUUAUUCUCCAAAUCAAUUGCCGAAUAGUGAUGUGUAUAAAACUGGAAGCAAAAUUAAAUUAGAAAGUGUCGACACAGUGAAGAAAGAAUUUUUUAGUGAAGAAGAAACUGAUUUUAAUUUCGGACGUGCACUCAGCGAGCAAAAUAAACAAGAAACUGUUUCAAAAGAGCUAAAUUAUAGACAUAGGCUCAAAACUCACAUUGAUACUACGCAAUAUAAAAUCACACAAGAUUGUGAUAUUUGCGGAAAAUCAUUCAGAUAUAAGAGUUAUCUUCAAAGACACAUCGAUUCAGUACAUCGUAAAAUCACGCAUCCAUGCGACAGAUGCCAAAAGACAUUCUCAAAGAAUAGUACUCUCAAAAAUCACAUAGAGUCGGUGCAUCAUAAAAUAAGGCAUGCAUGUUAUAAAUGCCGAAAGACAUUCUCAGACAAGAAUUAUCUCAAAAAGCACAUUGAUUCGGAGCAUAAUGGUGUCCCUAAUGCGUGUGACAUUUGUGGGAAGACAUUCUCACAAAAAAGUAAUCUCAAAACUCACAUCAAAUCGAUACAUCAUAAAAUUACGCAUCCAUGUGAUGAAUGCCAAAAGACAUUUUCAGACAAGGGUUAUCUCAGAAAGCACAUCGAGUCGGUGCAUAAUGGUGUCGGAUAUGAAUGCGAUGUUUGCGGAAAGAAUUUCACAAGUAAAUGUCGGCUCAAAGUCCACAUCGACGUAGUGCACAAUGGAAUCGGCUUCGCGUGUGAUGUGUGCACAAAGAAAUUUACUGCGAAAAGUAGUCUUAAAGCCCAUAUCGAUGCGGAGCACAAUGGAAUCACCCACUCAUGUGAUUCAUGUGAAAAAAAAUUUAAAUAUAAAACUCAUCUCAAAAAGCAUGUGAAAUCGUCGCAUAAUGUUAUAACCCAUUCAUGCGGGACAUGCCGAAAGACAUUCAGACAAAAAAGAAAUCUUAAAGCUCACAUCGACGUGGCGCAUAAUUCGCGCAUCAAAACCUAACAUAUAUAUUAAAUUUAUGUUCAAUGAUGACUCACUGAUGUACUAUUUAGUGUACUGUCAAACAAGACUAAUUUAAUAAUUUUUAUUAAUUACGAUAUUUUGUUUUCUUCGUCUAUUAUGUUAUCUUGGUCUGCAAAAACAAUGACAAGUUUGAAAAAAAUAAAUUUCUUUUUU